GCUGAACACGAGGACAUUGAUGCGGGCAGGACCCCAGGACUUCGCAGUCUGUCCUCUAUGGCUUCACCAAACCUGAACAGUCUUGACGAUCGGACUUCACUAGCACUGCCUUUGGAUGAUAUGGACGAGCGGAGCGAACAUCAUGCUGAUGUUCAAGGUAGUGGAGGUGCGAUAGUUGACAGCAUGAUAAUCAGUGACUGUGGUGGGGGUGAGGAGGUGGAUUUGGAUGAUAUUGCUAGUGGACGAGCCGAAAACAUCAACGACCUUGACAACAAUGGCAUCAACAACUCUAGCCUCGCGCAUCAGAGCCGUAUCGAUCAGCACAGCGCGUGCAGUAUUUCACCAUUGACAGCUUUCAACGCCAAGCACAACAACAGCAAACACAACCUUUCGCUAAUUUCCAGUCUAGCUCAACCAUUAAGGCUGUACCUAAUACAUCUUUGGACGCACCAUGCAUCCUUGAUGAAAUGUAUGGAGGACGAGGAGUAUCCAAAGGGGAUCCUCCCCCAUACUUUUCAAGGAUGCACUUGAUCUUGAAAGAUGAAUUACGGACAGCUCUAAAACCAGGGGACGACGAUCUUUCUCUUGAACUGUCAUGCUUGCUUACGCAUCGGGGUCCACAACCUGAAGUUGUCGACCUCCAAGGACUUAGGAAGCCUGUGGAUAAUGU